AUGGAGCUCGCCUGCUUCGGCAGCUUCCCGAACGUGCCGUCGCUCUCUGGCUCGAUGGUGCAGCAGCACGGCGACCUCCUCGCCUCCACGCGUGGCGCCGGUACGCCGGAACGAGUGAUCCGCAUCGAGUUUGAGCUCUUCGAUGAGGAGUCGCCCAGGACGUGCGCCAACUUCCGCCACCUCUGUGCAGGGCAGUCGACGAGCCGGCAGGGGCAAACGUACGUCUUCCAGGGCCUCACGCCAUGCUACCGCGGUACGUACUUCCACAAGAUCAUUCCGCGGCUCUGCGCGCAGGGCGGGGAUCUCACGAUGCGCGUUGCUGGCGGCGCCAACCACUUCUCUGCAUUUGGCCGCGGCUGGUUCGCCGAUGAGUACAAGCGGCGGUGCAUCAACGAGGUUGGUCUGUUGCUCAUGGCCAACAACGGGCCGAACAGCAAUGGUUCGCAGUUCUUCAUCACCACAUCGGAAGCCCAGGAGAAGGCGCUCAAUGGCCGUCACGUCUGCUUCGGGCGUAUCGUGCGUGGGCUGGAUGACUUCAUGCAGGAGGUGGCACCGUACGGCGACAUCAACGGCUACCCGUCGCGUUUUGUGGUUGUCGUCGAUUGCGGCGUCGGCCCUCUGCCGGAGACGCUCGGCGCCACGGACAGCUGUGCGGAAGCGCAGUCCACACACGAUGAGUCCCCGAUAGCGGCGGUGAGGCAAGAGGAGGAGGAAGAGGGAGAGGCCGUAAAAACAGCAACAGAAGCCGAAGCUCUGGCGGAAAGGGUACCGGAACCGACAAGGGCAAAGGCAAUGGCAAAGGCAAAACAAGCAAUGAUGGGUAGUGAGAGGAAUUCCCUCCACGUCUCAUUCAAGGAAGGGCACUAA